CUUUACUUUCCUCCGACAUGGCUUCCGCCGCCGUGCCUUACGAUCGAAUCGCCGAGCUGACGGCAUUCGACGAAACAAAAGCCGGCGUGAAAGGGCUGGCGGACGCCGGUAUCACAGAGCUGCCGCGAAUCUUCCACGCGCCGACGCAUCUCCUCCACGACCACCCUACAGCUCAACCCGACGAUCCAAACUUCCUCUUCCCCAUCAUCGACCUUGCCGGCGGCGAGUGGGCAGAGGAUCCCGACAAGCGGAGUAAGAUUGUGGCCGAGAUCAGGGACGCGUCAGCAAACUGGGGGUUCUUCCAGGUCGUCAACCACGGCUUCCCGGCCAGUCUCGUGUCGGAAAUGAUCGCCGGAGGCCACAGAUUCUUCGAGCUGGAUGUGGACCAAAAGAAGGGAUACUACAGCCAUGACAUGAGGAAGAAAGUCGUCCACCACAGCAACUUGAACAUCUACACCGUACAGACCGUCAACUGGAGGGACACAAUCAUGUUUCAAAUGGCGCCAGAUCCGCCGGAAACAGAGGAGAUGCCGGCUUGCUGCAGGGACGUCGUGACAGAGUACUCGAAGGAGAUACUGAAAUUCGGGGAGCUGCUCUUCGAGCUCCUGUCCGAGGCGCUAGGGUUGAGGCCGAAUCACCUGAACGAAAUUGGGUGUGCAGAGGGAGUGAACCUGCUGUACAAUUACUAUCCGGCCUGCCCUCAGCCGGAGAUCACUCUGGGGACGACCCAACACGCCGAUUUCGGGUUCAUUUCUCUGCUCGUGCAGGAUCGCGUCGGGGGGCUUCAGGUUCUGCAUCGGGAUCACUGGGUCGAUGUGGUUCCCGACUCGGAGGGGAUUGUGGUCAACAUCGCGAAUCUGCUUCAGGUGAUGUCGAAUGACAGGUUCACGAGUGUGCAGCACAGGGCGGUGGUGAAGAGCGUCGGGCCGAGGGUUUCCGCUACUGCGUUUUUCGGGGUGGGGUACACGACGAAUCCGAGAGUUUAUGGACCGAUAGAGGAGUUGUUGAGCAAAGAGAAUCCUCCCAAAUACAAGGAGACUACGAUUCAGGAUUUCGUGACUCAGUCGUACAAGCAAGGGCUUAAUGGGGUGUCUUUUCUGGAUGUUCUUAAACUCGCGAAUGAUUAGACUCUCUGAUAUGUGAUUGCUAUCGUCUUUUGUAGGGAUUCGUCUAUGCUUGAUAGUUAUUUCAUUUAUGAUCAAUAAGUAUACGCUUGAUAAUUAGAACGUUAUUCAUGUAUGAUUGUAAUGUCAACUUCAAGUACGAAUUUUAUU